AUGUCAAGUCAGCCCUCAGAAAUCGACACCGGUGUGUCUAAUGGGGAUGUGGAUUGGCUAUUUCGAGGAAAAUCCAAGAAACUUACAAAGAAGCUUAAUUCUGACCGCAGAUCUUCAGUAAGUGGACCUGACGGUGAUAGCAGGCCGUCUGAAACAAAGAAAACUGAAAAGUCAGAAGUGGCAAAAUCAUCUUCCAAGCCAUCUUUGGAUACCGUGGAUGAAUCAAAGCAGCGAGAGAACAUCUCUCGUUCAGCCUCAGACUCUGCUUCAAAACUGGCCAAUCACGCAACCUCUGAAUCAAAAUCGCCGUCUUUCCAAUCGGAAGUAAAACAACUGAAGUCAAAGACUCAAACGGAAGGAAUCCUGACAUCUGGUCAAGGGCAAACUACACCCAAAAAUGCAACAAAAAAUGCAGAUGAAACAAAAUCAGAGACCAAUUUGUUUCGUCUUGGCCGCUCUAGAUCUUCUUCGGCGCCCCAGCCGCCAGAUGCUGUUCACGGCGGUUUGAAGAAAAAGGCCAGUAUGGGCCUGCUUCCGUCUUCUCUGGGCAAUUCGUCCACCGACCGAAGCGAAACUAGCCUGGUAUCGAGAUCUAAUUCGGGAAAAGGCAAAUCGUUCUUCAGUCUGCUUUCUUCGAAGUUCAAAUCAUCAUCUUCGAGCAGCCAAACUCUGUCUCAUGCCAGCUCACCUCCACCUCCAAAGGUCAACCACAAUAUACUUGGUCCUAGUCUGCAUCAUUCCUCAAAGGAACAAGAUUUGUGUGCAGUGAGCCGUCCUCCAGCUGAUAUUGGUAUCUCUAUUUCCAAAUCUUCGAGACGUUCCUCUGUAUCUUCAAGUCCGAAGCUGUCCAUCGAGAAGGAACGAGGCAGUUUUUUCAAGCGGAGACCUCUGGUAUCAGAGCCGAAGGCUAAUCAACCGCAGCAGAGUGUAAAACUCAACGUAAAUCCUCGCCGGCAGAAACUUGCUCUCCUGGAAAUUCAAGAACCAAUGUUGCGGCGUGUUUCUUUUGCAUUAGAUGAACUUCACGAUGAUCCGCAGCAGCAAAUUCCAUCAAGAAAACCCCGGAAAGGAAAUGUUUUGAUUGCCGAAGACAUUAAAGCACCUAUUCCAAGAUUGCUGCAAGGUAUUACAGCUGGGGAAGGGAAAACGCCUAUUCCUGAAACAAGAUACACCGAUGCAGAGAUUCAGACAGCAAUUGAGAUCCAGAAGAGAAACCGUCUUGAAGCUGAGAAACAUGCGAUGGAGGCUCACUUGUCAGCCAAGAAAUUAGCAGCUCAAAUCACUCAGUUUAAAACCUCUAGCAAAUCAGACCCUGCCAUCAUGGAUGAAGAAGACGAUGUUCACGCUGAAGCCGAACAAAUUGAAAUCGACAAACCAUUGCAUGUACAUGAGCAUCACUUUCAUGAUGAUUUGCAAGAGGAAGAUGCAAACAAAGAAUUACCGCUUGAAACAGUUUACACCAGAUGCUGUCAUUUGAGAGAAAUUUUACCUAUUCCAGCCACUCUUAAGCAGCUCAAAAACAAAACAAGACCGUUGCAAGUUCUUAAACUUUUGAAUCCGAAGCCUACAUUGAUUGAUGUGCUCUCAUUCAGUGACUUUAUUGCCAUCACACCUAUCAACACAGUCAUCUUUGAUAAUGUCACCAUGUCAACUGAAAUGUUGAAGCAUUUACUCGCUGCAUUAGUAAAUAAUAAGCACUUGGAAAAACUUUCAUUCAGAAAUGUGGCGAUAGAUGAGAAGGGCUGGUUGUAUCUUUGCGAGUUUUUAAGCCGUACGACUACGGUUAAAAAACUAGAUAUCUCCCAGCAGAAGGUUAGACACUUGACGAAGCAAACUUCUUUUAGAUCUGCAAUGAACUGGGAUAUGUUCAUUCGGGCUCUCAUUGCCAGAGGUGGGAUUGAAGAACUUGUCAUGGGUGGAUGUAAGCUUUCUGAUGAAACGUUCGAAAACUUAUUGGAAAACGCCUUAACUAUUUCUACUUGCAGACUUGGUAUGGCUGCAACUGAAAUAAAUGUCAGAAAGUGUGAAAUGAUCGCCGAUUGGAUCAGUCGUCCCAACUCGAAAUGCGUGGGAAUUGAUGUUGCUUUCAACGACUUGAGCCAAGGGCAGCUUCGUCCUUUCAUUGAGGUGUUCAAUACUAAACCAGUGAAUUUGAUUUUCUUUUCUUUGAAUUCAACGAACUUAUCCGAUGUUCUAGAAGUGGGUGAACUUCUCAGGGGUUUGACCAAUGUAAAAACAUUGAAGUUUUUGGAUUUGAGUUCUUUACCUCAGCUUUUCCCUGGUGUUAUCUCAAAGCUUGACAAAUACCUACCUCAAUUUGCUUGUCUUAAAAGAGUCCAUUUCGAUUUGAAUGAAUUGGCUCCUCGAUCGAUCAGUGCUAUUGCGGACAUUCUCCCGAAAGUCAGUGGGCUUGUCCAUGUCUCUCUUCUAGGCAACAGAAACUUGACCAGAUCUGCGAUAGCUUCCUUGUAUGCGGCAGUAAAACUGUCCGCUAUUUACACACUUGAUUUGGACCAGGAUUUGGUUCCGGAUGAGCUUUCACAAAGAUUAGCUCUCUAUCUCAUGAGGAACAUGGAUCGUACUAUCAGGCCGGAUAUCACAAAUAAUAAAGAUAGCCAAGAUGAUGUUAUGUUUGAUGGAUCAUUGCUCAUGGAAGCGGCAGAGAAAAUGUUGAUUGAAAGUGACAAAAAUUCGGGGGAGACUGACAUCAAGCUUCAGAAGAUCAUUACUAAUGCCUUGAUUGAAAGGACAAAUGCUGUUCGUAAAGAGAUUCACAGAAUUAUUGACAAUUUGUUUCAAAAAAGAAACCAAGGCAAUUUAUCAUUUGAGGGAAAAGAAACUCUUCUUCGGUUUUGCUUGUUGGACGCCUCUCUUGAGAAGGUUGUGCACAUGUUUGAACAAAAGGCAAAGAUGAUGAGCUCUGCAAUGGUCAGUCCUUCGCCUUCUGUACACACCAACUCGUUGACCGAUAAUGGUAUCAUGGAUGGAACGUUUCUGGCGAAGGAUGAUCAUGACCAGCUUCACGAAAGUUCCAGCGCAUUGAUCGACGCAGGCCCUAUUUUAAUGGCCAAGACAACUCGCUUUGAUCAAGGACCUGUUUAUAACCCUACAUUUGAGCCUCACUCUGUGGUAGUGGAACCCAGACUGGAUGGAAGUACAGUCCCUAUUGACAACCUCACAGGUCGCCCAGUCUUGAUGAAAUCUGUCUCACAAACAUCUGUCCACGCUAAAGAACAGGAAUUGGAAGAAGGUGAAUUUCAUAGAUGGGGAUAUUUCAUGGAGCACCGCAACGAUGAUGAGUCCAAGCUCCUGGAAAAGCCUGUAUUUGGAACUGUUCCUUCGGGAUCGGAGCUUCGGGAAGCUAUUAUUGAUGCAAAGGGUAUUGAAUCUGUUACUGAAUUGAUUAGCAAAAUAGGCUCUCAUCGUGUUAGUCUUGAGAAUAUUUACAAAGUUGAUGAUUCAAGCCAACCUCAAACUGAUGGUACCAAUACUCUCAAAGAUGCAGAUGUUUUCGAAGAUGCGUUUGAACAAACUACUAGCGAAGUGGACGAUAUUGGAUCAAUUGACUCAAAUGCAGAUCAUGAUGUUCAUCCGGUUGUUGAUGAAGCGUACGAUAAGUUGUUGAAUGAGGCAGAAAGAGUACGUUCGAACAAGUGA